AUGAUCACACCUCCGGAUGAGGGACUUGGUUUGAAGAUUGAUUGGAGGAGAAUUUCGUAUUUAGAGCUUGAGCGAGGAGCGGAUUCUUUUAGCGAAACGAAUCUGCUUGGAAGAGGGAGUUUUGGUUCUGUAUUCAAAGCAAUACUUUCCGAUGGGCUAAAUGUUGCGGUGAAGAUCUUCAAUUUGGAGUUGGAAGGUGCUAGCAAGAGCUUUGAUACUGAGAGUGAGAUACUAAGCGCGCUUCGCCACAGGAACCUAGUCCGAAUAAUUGGUUGUUGUGUCAACAUAGAGUUUAGAGCUUUGAUUCUUGAAUACAUGUCGAAUGGGAGUUUGGAGGAAUGGCUGCAUUCCGGAAGCCAUUGCUUAGAUCUUCUGCAAAGCUUGCAGGUAGCAAUAGAUGUUGCGUUAGCUUUGGAAUAUCUUCAUCAUGGCCACACGUAUCCCGUUGUCCAUUGUGAUGUGAAGCCAAGCAAUGUGUUGCUUGAUGAAGACAUGGUUGCUCGUGUUGCUGAUUUUGGCAUUGCCAAGCUCUUUGAGAAAGGGGAGGCUAUGGCUCUCACAAAAACCCUAGCCACUGUCGGUUAUGCAGCACCAGAGUAUGGAUCAGAAGGAAAAGUAUCCACAAAUGGAGAUGUAUACAGCUACGGAAUCUUGCUGUUCGAGAUGUUUACAGGAAAGAGGCCAACGGAUGAUAUGUUCAACGGGGAAAUGAGCGUAAAGGAGUGGGUGAGUGCGGCUUUGCAAGAAAGUCGAGUAUCUGAAAUUGUGGCGGUUGGAUUGUUAUCGAGAGAUGAUCAAUACUUUGAAUCGAAUGAGCAAUGUGUGUCAUCAAUUUUUGAUGUGGCUAUGAAAUGCGUAGCCUUCUCGCCGGAGGAAAGAAUCAACAUGAUCGAAGUAGUGGCUUCUCUUCAGAAGAUCAAAUCCAAAGCAGCAGCAGAAAGGCUCAGCAACAGGAGAUGA